AUUCUGAAAUAAAAGAUAAUGAAAGAGAUAACUACCUAAAUAUUUGGUAGGUAGUAGUGUUGUGUGAAAAUAUAAUGGCUACUACAUUAAAAUUAUAUAUUUUGGCCACUAGCUUGACAUCAGGUUUGGCCCUAGCUUUAGCCCUUUUGGCUCUGGGGACAGAUCAUUGGGUUGAUGCGACCAUACAUUUUGAUAGUGAUACUGAUAGUGAUAGCUCAGUUAAUUAUGGACUUUUUAAGGGGUAUGAAAACAUUCGAUUUGGACGUACAGGCACUUAUGAAAUAUACAUGACUUGUUUAUAUGACAAAAAUGUUUGCGGUAUGCUCUGCGAUGCUGAUGAGGAGCACAGAAAAAAUGUUUUGGAAAAUUUUUAUAUCAACCCGGACUACAGUUACUCUGAAAGAGAAAAUUGCGUAUCUAUAAAAAAUGAACUACAGGUUACAAAUUUUUGGAGAUUUCGGAGUGGAGUUUAUAAAGAUCGAUUAUUUAUAAACGCCGGUGCCCAAAUGUCUACCCUGAUAUUUUUGGUUUUGUCUUGUGUUUUUGGGGCGAUGGCGGCAGCUCUUGCAGUGUGGAACACAAUCUACAAUCCCAUUCACGUGUGGAUGAGCGUAACUGGGCUGUUUGUUUACAACGGUUUGGCCUGCGCUUUCACCAUAUUUUACGUAACAAUUUGGGGCAUCAUGUACGCAGUCACUUUGUGCAGGGACAUCGUCACGAUGGACACUUUGAAUAAGCAAGCUACCAGCGAAGGAAGGGCUCUAUUGGGCUAUUCUUAUUGGAUAAACUUGGCAUCAAUGCUGCUAUAUGCUUUAAGUGUCGGCUUACUUUUUACAAGACAAAUGUUAAUUUCCAGAGAUCCGGCUGUAAAAUUGGAAAAGGAUAUGGAGACUAGAGAUGCGGAUAUAUAUUUAUUUUAAUGACUAAUUUAAAACCAAAUAUAGAUAGAGAACAACAUUUAUUUUGUAUUACAUUUUUAACAACAUUAUUUAUUAGAAAAAAAUAAAAAUAGCUACAUGUUUAUUUUUACACGAUGACACUUAAAAUAAAUAUGUCUAAGAAAAUAAACAGUAUUUGAAAUAAC